AUGACUGGCUACUGUCUUUCUCUUGCGCCUAUCCUUCGCUGCGAAUCGUUGACGAGAAUCGAGUCCGAGGUCCUUAUCAUCCCGACCGCGCUUGAGCUUCUCUUCUCCUUCAGUUUGGUCAUCAUCAACUGGGGCAAGGGCAGGAGAUCUUUUCUUUUGGCAGCCGAAGGAUGGGUGUAUUUCUCUCUGGCGUUGAUCGACCUUCUCGCACACAUAUUCCCAGCCACACGCAACUCUUUCAAUGUAUUCCGGAUCCUCGACAUUGUUGUCGGCGCAGCGUCCUUCCUACCCAUCCUGUUUUACGUUCUCUUCCUCUUCUUCUCUCUCCGGUCGGAUUUCUUCCCGAGCCUCCCGCGCCGCUUCCAGCGCAUCGCACAAUACACCCUCAUGCUCUUCAUACCCGCUUUAAUCGUCGCAGACCUCGUCGGUUCCUUCAUUGGCGUCUCAUACACCUUUCUCCCAAAUCCCGCCAACCCCGCCGAACGCCUCCUCGCAGUCGGCUUCGCCUCCGACAGAGAUCAAACGCUCUGGAAUUUCUUCAGCAGCUUCGCGCUCGCCUUGCUUACCGCCUACCAGGCGCUCGCCUUCUGCGUUGUCUUCUUCCGGCUCGUCAAGUCCUUCGUCGACCAGCGCAGCAUCGAGACGUCCGGACAGGGGGACCACCAGGUCGUGCUGUUCAAGGGCCUCGGGUGGCUCGCGAUCGGCCUGAAGCUCGGCGCCGUCGAGACGAUUGUCGGGUUCGCUCGCGACGGCUUUGGUGUCCCACUCGUCAGGCGGAUACUCAGAUUCCUAAGCCGGGCGUGUAUCAUAAUCGGGGUGGUUAAAGGAAUGGACAUCCGGGAGGAUUUCACCGUGUUCGAUACUACGCGGCCCCAGUCAGAGGGACGAAGAAAAUCAGCGCUCCGCAUGCUCAUCUCCAACCCGCGGCAGAGUACCUUCCGCCGCAUGUCCGCGCCGCUCGACCCGCAGCUCGCCGCGGCGCUCGCCAACUUAGGCAUCGAGCGCCCGAACGAGAAGUCUCAGAAUCCGCACACCUCGUUCCACCAGCAGCAGCAGCAGCUCCCCUUCCCCCAGGCAGCCUACACCGGCGCGCCGUCCCCCUCGCCCGUCCUCACCUACAAACCCCGCCCGACGUCCCGCGUCACGGUCCUCAUGACACCUGGCACCGCUCCGACGCUCAACUUGCGAUUCUCCGGGCUCGACAUGCCCAGUCCGACUGAGAUCGCGCAUAUCGUAGAGGAGGAAGUCAAAUCGCGACCCGACACGCAGGUCUUCGUGCGUUCCCACCGCUCUCGCUCGCGUAGUCAGGGCACGUCGCACCUCCUCCUGCACCGCGGUGACACGUUCGACACGCGCUCGUCGUUCUUCGAGACCACGUCGCUCGGGCCGAUGGACACCAUGAUGCCUGAUAUUCCUGUUAUUGCGAGGCCGCCGCCCAUCCGGACGCGCAGCUGGCGGUAUUCCGACCGGAUGGAUGACAACUACACGCCAAGCGACAGCGGGAUUUCUGGGCACAGCAUGACGGCGGAUGCUUUGCGCGGGCUUGGACCGAGGCGGUCGCUCACCCUCGAGCAGGCUUCCUCGGAGAACACCACGCGCACAUCCUCGUUAUCUGCUGGCUUCUUCUACGAGCACGACAAUGAACACAUCUUGCCAGAGAACGAGCAUGGGGGCGACUUAGAGCGCGGUCCUAGCCAGAGGACGUACAAGCAGCCGAAGCUCUCCUCGUCAUCCGAGCGCUUCGACAGCGGGGACGACUACCCCGCAUACCCGACGCCCAAGGCCGAUAGGUUCAUGUCCACAGACCGGCGCCCCUUCAUGGUCCCAGACGGGAGAUAUUCCCUGUCGUCCCUGUCUCUCAGUCCCAGCACCAUCGGCCAUUCAACGCGUGGCGGGGCAAGCCCUGAGCCCCGACCUACCCUCUCUUCCCUCAUCGCUCAGCGCAGCCAGACCUCCUCACCCUGGGUGUCCCGCCCUAUCCCGAGCUCUUACAGGCCGGUGACACGGCAGGAAAUUGACAUGUACGACGGCGCGAGCAGUCGCGCGUCGUCCAGCCUGGACUUCUCGCGACCCAGCGGCGACGGACGGCCGAGUACUGAUACCGCCGAGACGUCGCAGGUGCUACAUGUACAGCGGCGGCUGAUCAACCACGAUGAGCGGUCGCCCCGGCCUGACCUAGUGAGGAUUAAAAGCGUCGGAAGGGUACCCAGGAGGGAGACACCCACGCCCUCGGCGAGUCCCUAUGUGGGCCAUGCGGCGCCCGUCGGAUUCGAAGACUUAGAGGUCAUCCCGUCCUGGGAGGCGUACAGCAGCUCGACGCCCUCCACAGAGUCGCCCUCGUCAGCAAAUAUGACUGGCAAACCUGUGAUGAGACACGACUCCAACGUACUGUCUCAAGAAGACCAGGAGCACAUCAGGAACUCGAUGUACGACCGAGAUGAAGAAGGUAUAUACUGGGUCGGGAAUGAGGCGCAGGCUGUGUGA